AUUUUAAAUAAAAUUUGAUAUGAAUUCGCGGAUUUUAUAAUUACAUAAAAAGGUAAUAAUGAUUUGUGUAUUCUUAAAUUCGUGGCCAGUUUAAAAGAAAUUUCAAAAAAUAAAGUUAUUCUCUGGAACGAUGAUGAUUCCUGACAAAAUAUUCCCUAGAACUGGCGUUCCCUAUUUUCUGAUAUUCCUGCUAUUCAACCUUUUCAUAGAUCAAUGCUUUAGCUCUGGCGUUUUUGAGAUAAGGUUGAAUUCCUUCGAAAACUAUAAAGGGGUAGACAAGACCGGAACUUGUUGCACUAAUUCUCCUGAUCAAAAUGACAACAAGGGCGACAGUUUGAUCGGCGGUUCUAAAUGUGGUGGAGGCCAAUGCAAUACUUACUUUACCGUGUGCCUCAGGCAUUACCAAGCCAAUAUUAAGUCUACCGGAAAUUCCCAUUCCAUGUUGACAGAUGCUGGCGGAGAACUGAUGAACGAUAAAGCUUCUCAAGACGAUUUUGGCAGUGUCAAGAGUAAAUCUCCCGGAUCUUGCACCUUCGGCAGUUUUAUGACGCCUAUUUUGGGUGGAAAUAGUUUUCACGGCCACGAUCACAUUUACGCACUGCCUUUCUCCUUUUCUUGGCCGGGAACAUUUUCGCUCAUAAUAGAGGCGUGGCACAAUAAUUCUCUCCAAAACAAUAUCAAUCACCUUAACUCCAACGAGCAGGAAAGACUCUUAAUCAAACUAGCUACUCAAAAAUCGGUUUCAGCUGAUUCUAGGUGGACAUCGGAUGCCUAUCUAUCUACCCACUCAAAACUAAAAUAUUCUUACAGGGUAGUUUGCGACAGACAUUAUUUCGGAAAAAAUUGUGCUAAUUUAUGUCGGCCUAGGGACGAUAAAUUCGGGCAUUACCUAUGCGGCAGAAAUGGUCAGAAAAUUUGUAAGCAAGGUUGGAACGGGCCAUAUUGUACCCAAGCUGUUUGUGCUAGAGGUUGUCACUCUGAACAUGGUUAUUGCGAAAACCCUGGGGAAUGCAGGUGUAGAUUGGGUUACAAAGGAAAAUACUGUGAAGAUUGCAUAAGAUAUCCUGGUUGUUCACAUGGCACCUGUCACCAACCUUGGCAGUGCAAUUGCCAAAGUGGUUGGGGAGGACUGUUUUGCAAUCAAGAUCUCAACUAUUGCAUCAAUCAUAAACCUUGCAAAAAUGGGGGGCAAUGCACUAACAGUGGCCAAGGUAGUUUUACCUGUAUAUGUCCAGAAGGAUUCACUGGAAUCAAUUGCGAAAUUGAUAUAUCCAAAUGCGAUUCAAAUUUGUGCCUAAACGAUGCCUCUUGCAAAUUAUCGGGAGAAAAAUUCAACUAUUCUUGCCAAUGUUUGCCCGGCUAUGUUGGCAAAAGAUGCCAUACUAACACAUUCACGUGUUCCGAUAACCCUUGUCAAAAUCAGGGCCAAUGUUCAGAUUUAACAGACGGAGGAUAUAAAUGUACCUGCUCAACAAACUUCACGGGUCUACAAUGCCAAACUAAGCAAACCAAAUGCCAAAUCAACACUUGCAAAAAUGAUGGUAGAUGCAUUAUAACAGAGAUAACAUUACACAGCCAAACCACAACAACUCAACAACAUUCUCAAAAGUGUCUAUGCCAAAAGGGCUUCACUGGCUUGGACUGCUCCGAAAAGGAAGUUAUAUGGUUAAUCAACCAACAAUCCAAAUCUUUACCAAUUUCCUCUCCAAACUCUAAAAACCUGUUGUCGUCUCCAGACUCUUCAAAAUUAUUUCAAAGUCAUUGCGACAUAAACCCUUGUUUGAACGGUGCCACAUGUUACGAACGUAAAGGAGGUGCUUCUCCUUCUUCGUCUUUUGUGUGCCGAUGCGUUCCGGGGUUCACUGGAAGCUUGUGCCAAAUAGACAUCCCGGACUGUAGAGCCCGACCUUGUUCUAAUGGGGGAACGUGUACUGACUUGAUCAACGAUUACUCUUGCAAUUGUCCACCAGGGUUUGAAGGAAAAGAUUGUUCCGUUACAGUUCUCAUCGAGGAAAAUGAAGCAUUGGCUGUGAGACAAGAUCUCGAGGCAGAUAAGAUGUUGAACGGGGACUUGGAUAAAUUCGAUCAAACCGCCACCAUGACUAAUAAAGAAGAAUUUAUCAAGAAGGAAGAAAAAGAAGAGUCGCCAAUUAAUUCUGCACUCCUAGGUCAACCGCCAGCAGUAUCUGCCACAAAGGAGACUGGUAACAUGCCUUCUUUCCUUUCUAAAACUGAAAUGAUCAUGAUCGCGUGUCUCAGCAUUUCCUUCGUGACCGUCACCCUGGCCAUCAUAGGAAUCCUGGUUGUUUACAAGAAAAAAUUACUAAACGAUACGAAUCAAACCUCUGAUGGCGUUGACCCUCAAAAUAAUAAUUUUUAUGGAUCUUAUGUGAAGAACAAAAAUUCUGGAAAUAAAAACCACCAAGUUUCAGCUGGAUUGGCCAGAAAUACUCUCCAAAUACCGCCGACCAUUGAUGAGAGUGAAUGUGGCGAAGAGUUGUAUCACAGGGAAGAUUACUACAAACCUCUUAACAAAGGAUGUUCGGAAUAUAGUAAAGCUCUGAACAAUAACAACGACAAUCGGGAUGUUCAGAUAGAUAAACUCGGAAAAUUUGACGAAACGGAUGGUUCCUACGAAGCGACAUAUGAUAGUUAUCGUUAUGACAAAAACAAUGUAGGCCAUGAUUCUUUGAAUUCCAGCACGAAUAGCGAGAUCAUAUUCCAGCAAAAAUUACGUGAAAAUAUUCUUGAUGACGGUUAUUACAGCAAAUCUUCAACGUUCAAGCAGAAUACCCCCCAGACAUAUUCAGCCCUUCAUAGCGGUGUCAAUAAAAACAUGCUAAAUGCCGCCAAAAAUAACAAGAUGUCCAACAACAAUAUUGAUUACGAAGCCAUUUACAACGAACCCCAAAAACGAAUAAACACCAUGCCAAAGACUCACUUAGACCACAAUAACCAGAGACCUCAGUCGAACUCCCAUUUGACCGAAAGUCUGAUCAAUCGUGAAGAAAUUAACAAUCUUGUCAUAUCAAAUAAGCUUAAUCUCGACAAUACGAAUUCUAAAUCCUCACCUACGACCACAUCGUCCCCACAAUAUAUAGCUUCUUCUAACGAUAAUUCGCCCCCUUGUAUCAUUAACCUACCUGGGUAUUACGCUUACUGUACCGAGCCCGAACAUGAAUUCCAAACUCACGAUCGUAUCAACGCGUUAAAAGAACAACAAAAUCAAUUUUCUUCGAACAAAUGCGAAGUUAACGGAAUAGAGAAUUACGCUAGUAUAGUCUAAAAGAAUUCAGUACAACUUUUUUUUACAACUCUAAAAGAUAGAAGGAGAUUUUAUUCUUAAUGUGGGAAACAUAUUUUUUUAACGAAAAUAACUCGAUGAAAAAUAAU